GUAUGUGCAUUAAGUGCGAUCGAGAAUGUGGCUCUUCGGUUUGGUUUUACUGCUGCUGGGAAUAGAUGCGGCCAAAAGGAUGGAUGACAGGCCCGAUCCGAGUGAGGUGAACAAUUACAGCAACAGCAAACCUGCUGUGAAGCACAGAAUAUUCAUCAAUGACUGCACAAUGGCCAAGACGGAUGGCAUCUACACCACUUACUUAAGCGGCACCAGGAAAAACGCAACAGUGCGGUGCGUGGCCAGCUUCUUUGGCGGUGGCUGGACGGUGAUCCAACGCCGCAGGGAGAACUUUGUGGACUUUCGGAAGAAUUGGAAUGCGUAUCAGAAGGGAUUCGGGGACAUGCAGUCGGAGUUCUGGUACGGACUGGAGAAGAUCUACCGCAUCACAAUGUCCCAACCGACGACGAUCUUCUUUCUGUUCCAAAACGGAGUGGGCACUCGAUCCUAUGCCAUGUAUGAUCGCUUUCUAAUUUCCGGCUACAAAAUGAACUACACCAUCCGCACCCUGGGCGAGUACAUGGGCGAGGCGGGUGAUGGAAUGUUCUACCACCUGAACAUGCCCUUCUCCACCUACGACCGGAAGAACACUGACCCCAGCAAAGAGAGCUGCUCGAAGCUCUUUUGGGGCGGCUGGUGGUACAACGACUGCUACACCAGCAAUCUGAAUGGCAAAUAUCCCGAUCAAACCGAGCGGCGUACCAGAUGCUUCCGAUGCAUCACAUGGAACUACUUUCAGCAGUAUCGACCUCUGACAUUUGUACAAAUAAUGCUUCGUCCAACGAAAACAGGAAAAAAGAAAAAAUAACCAAACAAAAAUUAAUCCUCUAGAAUUCUUUCAAAAGAAUUAUUAAACAACUCAAAAUUAAUUUUUGUGUUAAAGCUAAAAGAUUUAUUAAGUCGAUUAAAGUUGUAGCCCCCCUUGUCUUACCUUUGGCUUAAGAUUAAAUACUAUAUAGGAGGUAUGUACCCCUUGAAAGGCUCCAUUAAGAGAAAAAAAUCACUGCCGAAAC